UUACGCGAUUUGAACUUCAGAUUCAGAAUUUCAAUAACAUUCCUGAUUUUCAGGUCAAAACGACAAAGGGCCUAGGACGCAGACCUACCGAACAGCCACCUAAACCUACCCCUAUUCAGAUGCCUAAUCCAGCCAAGCGCUUUAAAAAGACUGAGUCUAGCAAUCCAUGCUUGAAUAUCAUAAAAGCUAACAUCAAACGUAGAAUGCUCAAGAAACCAGAAGAGACGAAAGAACAGAAAAAAUCUCGAAAACAACAAACGCGUCUAGAAAAGGCACGUAGGAAGAACCUCUUCAAAAACAACGUCUUGCUGUGUAUACUGGAAUUUGUGACUAACGAGCGAGAGAUAGGGAUCCUUUUUGAUGACCAAUUGCAUAGCGGGCAGAGGAAGACCAUACACGAUAUAGUUGAAAAGAUAAGGAAUGCGGAGGCGCCUGAGAACAAGCACACUAGGGGCUUAGAUCAGGCCCUGUUGAGCAAUGUAGCUAGGAAGAACAGAUACAUGCUGCAGACGCAAAGCGAGGGAGUGAUGCCAAAGCGGCGCCUAUGUCUAUUCAAAGAAGCGCCAAAGUCAAUGUAUCUCGUAACACAUUACAUGUUGAACGACCGAAAAACUGAUUACGUUAAACUAGAAGAAGACCAGAACGUAAGCCAAGCGAAAAAGUAUAAACAGAUAGGCCUAGCACGUAAACAGCGAUUGAUAGAUGCGAAACAGCGGAAAAAAGCAAAACAGCUGAGAAAAGCUUUAAAAAGAGCCCAGAAAGUUAAUGCUGAUAAAGUUGAAGUAGAAAUAAACAUUGACGAGUACAAGUUUGUAAAGGAUGAAUUUGAUAAUUAUGUCGCCCGUAAAAUUACUGACAUACAAAAAUCUGACGCUAAAGAAAGUGAAUCAAACAAAAUAAAACAGAAUAUAGACAAAUUUGAUGCAAAACAAAGUAAAGCAGACGAAAUAAAACAGAAUAGUGACAUGGAUCAACCAAUGAGCGACUAUGAUGAGGAUAUGCUCGAAGAUUAUUUCAAAUCGAGCGAUGAAGAUGUCGAAAUGACGAAACCAGAAUCUCAUGAUGAAUUAAAAGCUAUCUUUCGUAUUGAAGAUAAAAAAUACAAAGUUCAAACCGCUGCACAAAAUAUCAAUGUUAAGAAAUCAAAUGAAACCAAACUAGAUGUGGAUAACAAUAAUAAAUUAAAGAAAGUUGAAGAGAAAUAUGUAAUUAAAACGAGAAAGGACUUUUUGAGGCAUAACUUAAAUAAGUGUUUCGCUGAAUUCCUCAACGGUGAAGCAUUUAUCGAAUUCAAAUUCUUGGGACAGUUUGACACGGAAGAGUAUGAAGUGAUGAAUGAGUUUCUAAAUGACUUCUUCAUGGCUAAGAGCUCAAAUAAAGUCACGAAUGAGGAGUUUAGUGACAUUUGGAAAAGCGGGGACUGGAAUUUGGGUUAUAAACGGGAUUUGAACGGAGGUUUAAUGAUAUACAAAGUUACACACAAGACAGAGUAAGCAAGUAAAGAAACGUAACAAUUCGCUUGCUUCAACCGUUCAAAGAAAUCGCUCAAUGCUGAAAAUGAAGAUUAAUAAUGAUCAUUAUUGGUAACUAAUUAUGUAGUUCGGUCUUAAGU